GUGAAGGAUGUGCAUUGCGCUUGUCGCUUGGUCGGUUGUGCGUAUUCCGGCGUUCUUCAUUAUAAUAAUCUUUGCAAAGUUCAAUACUUAUAGGAAAAUGGAUACGCGUUCGGCCGUGCGUUGUUUUCAGAAUAAUUUUUCAAUUGAUAAUAUAUUAUCGAAACCAAAAUUAAGCAAAUGUAGUGAAUAUUUUUCGGCGUUAAGUGAUCCGACUAAACAUGCUUCAGAACCUGUGAAUCAUUGUAAAAAAGUUGGACUUUUAGAAGUUGAAAGUGGGAGUAAUAUUGAAGUGCAAUCAAGGGUAGAAUCAUUAACAUCAAGCCCGGUGUCAAACUGCACAGCAGACGGCGUGGAGGAUUCGAAAAGUGAUGUUGCAUCCGAGGAUGGCAGUAACAUUAAUGACGAUCGUAAAAAGCGGCCCCGAACCGCUUUCUCUGCCUCUCAGAUUAAAGCCUUAGAAACAGAAUUCGAGCGAGGGAAAUACCUAUCAGUCGCCAAGAGAACCGCACUCGCAAAACAGUUACAUUUAACGGAAACGCAGAUCAAAAUUUGGUUCCAAAAUCGACGCACCAAAUGGAAACGGAAAUACACGGCCGAUGUUGAAUCGCUCGCCUCCCAUUACUACGCACAAUUAGGCAUUGGUGGACUAGCUCGCCCAAUGGUGGUCGGUGACCGCCUCUGGCUCUUUAGUCAAACACCCUCUGGUCCCACACCGUUUCAGUCGAUCAUGUUAAAUGGCGGUGUACCAUCGACUCCGAUGUCAGCCGCUAUGCGCCCUUACAGCACGAAUUUAGCAUCUACAACAUCCACAGCCAGUGGUUCCGUAACUCCGGCUCUAAUGCCGCCAUUGCCAGUGAUUGAGAGUGCGCGAAACGCUAUAUUAGCGCGAGGGCAACCGCUGAAUUUCGCCUUACCCUACAGUUUAGCAACCGCAACCGCAACCGCAGCCGCUGCAAGUGCUAACAACACAGAUAAUAACGUGAGCGGACCACCGCAGUUGGCGUCCGCAGCAAAGUACUACAGAGCGCCGGGUGAGUUUGUAGAUCGCUUCUUGGAGUAUAACACCCUUCCCAUGGCUACAGCUUUGGUCAAUGUUAACUCAUACUGCCGCAACGAAAAUUUAUUAACAAAUAACUCUACACAUGAUACUUACUUAGCGUUAAAAUAUGGUGCAAUACCACCAGAAGGCGAUACAACGACCUCGAACGGCUUGGCCGAGCUUGAACGAGUCUUUGGGGAUGCGAACGCUAACUUCUUGCAGAAGAGAAUCAAUGGCGUCAAUUUUGAGAAAUUGGGCUCGUCACGCAAUCCAAGAAACCACUUGAUGCCCUCAAUAUCGGACUCGGACUGCAGCGAUAUAGACUGUGAACAAAUUGAUGAAAAUGACGACGUUUAACCUUUCUUACAAAAUGUACAUACUUGUAGUUGUUUACACU